AUGAGUGAGCCGGGGGAAAACUACGAGGUGGACGGGGAUAUGAUCGUUUUCCGUUGCCCUAUCGUCCGCACAGGCACAGCGGUCCUCAACCGCGCCCUCUUUAACAAGUCGGUGCCCAUCGCUGCCGCCGCUCUAAGGGACAACAGGCUCAUCAACAAAUACCGAAAACCGUUUGAAGCCGGCAAAGAAAUCUUACAUGCCGACAAGUUAUCUCCCAUCGCUUCUCAUCCAGACAAGGAACUGGCCAAGCAGGGGCGCAAGUGUCUGCUCCUGAACCCUAGCGUUAAGCCCGAAGCUCCCGACACUUGGGGUCCGGUGCUCAAAGAUGGUGUCGAAAAGGAGGACUUGACUGUUAUUCCUUAUGAGCUUCGGCUCGACUACAACUACUGGGGUUACCGUAAGAAUGGACACCAACCAAACCCCGCCCACGCUUUCAUAUUUACUUUGUUUACUAAAUUCAACCUGCCACUAGGAGACGUAAUGACCUCGAUCUUGCCGGAAGAGCUUCACGACGAGGUCCCUUCAGGCUUCAAUAUCGCUGGCCAUGUUGUAGCCGAGAUUAUUCUCGACAAGAACCCCCAAAUUAAGACCGUCAUCAAUAAGGUCGACAACGUUGGGUCCGAGUCCGAGUUCAGGACGUUCCAGUACGAAGUCCUGGCCGGCCCGGACGACUUGAACGUGCAGGUCAGCGAGAGCGACUGCGUUUUCGAGUUCGAUUACUCCAAGGUCUACUGGAAUAGCAAGCUGGAGUCCGAGCACCGCCGUCUCAUCAACAUGUUCCGCCCGGGCGAGGUUGUCUGCGAUGUGAUGGCCGGCAUCGGGCCCUUCGCCGUGCCCGCCGGCAAGAAGCGAGUGUUUGUCUGGGCCAACGACAAGAAUCCCGAGAGCGUCAAGAGUCUCGAGGCUGCCAUCAAGAAAAACAAGGUAUCACCUUUCGUGCGCCCCUUCUGCGAAGACGGCCGCACCUUCAUUCACCAAGCCGCGGACUCGGUCCUCGAAGCCUCACAAAAAGGCGAAUGCGCCGUACUCACCGUCAAGGUAAAACCGCCACCCGCAACAACAUCGACACCGACCCCGUCGGCCAACUCCUCCGAGUCCACCGACCCCUCCGGUCCCCGCCCCCGCACCCGCCCAGCGACACAAGAGGAGCGCGUACCCAUCCCGCCAACCAUCUCCCACUUCGUCAUGAACCUCCCCGCGACAGCCAUCGAGUUCCUGUCGAGCUACCGCGGCGUGUACGCGGGGCGCGAGGCACUCUUCGCCGCCGCCGCACCAACUUCCACUACCACCACCACCACCACCACCACUCCUGCGUUACCCCCCCUCCCCAUGAUCCACGUCCACGGCUUCUCCGUCAAAGCCACCGACGAGACGCCCGCGCUCGACAUGUGCGCGCGCAUCUCGCGCGAGCUGGGCUUCGCCGUCCGGCCGCUUGUUGUUGCUGCUGAUGGUGGUGAUGCCGUCACCACCGCGGCGACAACGCCGGCAGAAGUCCUGGAUAAGGCCGGCGAGGAAGGCUUGGUCUACGUGCAUCGCGUGCGGGACGUGGCGCCCGCGAAGAGCAUGUACUGUGCGAGUUUUCGGCUGCCGAGGGAGGUUGCUUUCGCGCCGCGGAGGCUUAGGAUGAAAGCACCAAGAACCAGUGACAGCCCGCAUGCUAUCGUGGUUGCCCACCUACCGCAUGGCUUGCAUAAGUGUAUGUAUGCGUAUGUAUUAAGGUGCCGCUCGAUCCCACCGGGGAUUUCUGACCCGCAGACUACAUUGAAUUCUUGCUUGAAAGUUUCAGCUAUCAGUGAGCAGGAGGCGGGACCCGUCGGAUGCGGGCACGGCUGGCAGCCUCUGCUUAUCCGAUCCAUGUCGAGAUGUAACAUCAAGUUCCCGAUCAUCGAGAUAUCAACGAUUCGCGCACCAGGGGAUACCGCAGAUACCGUUGUGUCUGUGCCGUUUCGUUAUCAAGGUGGAAGCGGCCGGAGAACCCCUGGCUAUCACCAGCCAGUGCCGAGACAACACAACGGGUUCCAGGCCUGGUCGAGCUUGGGAUGGGUAACACAAGAAGCGCGUUGGGGAGGUGGGGAGGGUGAAGUUGAUGUUGUAAAAAGCGACGACGCGUCCGCUACCAUGUGUUCGACUUCGACGGAGAUGCGAGGCGCAACGGGGGAUAAAGAUAUCGAAACCGGAAGGGACGGCGAUAUCCAACUUUACUAG